UCUUUUCCACUCCACUCUGUUUAUCUCUCUUACUUAGCUUCUCUUCUCACUCCUUUCUCUCUCUAAUUCCAUCUCCAUUCUUACGCGAUCUCUUCAAAUAACUUUCUGCUAUUCGAAUUCUUGAACCUCUGUUUCUCUUUCUAUCUCUCUAUUUCUCUGUCUUUCGGGAAAAUCUCGGAGAGGGGACAGGGAAGCUGAGAUUUUUCUAGGGUUUCAUUUGAGCUAGUAGUACCAGAGGUGGAUUCAGCAGACCAAAUCUGAAGCGAGCUGUUUGUGUUCGAUAUGUGACAGCUGAACUUUGGAGGUUUAUUGUCCAAUAUAAGGCUGGUUAUUUGGAAAUUAUGUUAUAGUAAGUUGUCUAUUGAUUUUGCUAAUUUUUAGCACAAGGCAAUAUGCCUUCAUGGUGGAAAUCAUCCAAAGAAGCUAAGAAGAAACCAACAAAAGAAAGUUUUAUUGAUACAUUGCAUCGCAAGUUUAAGAGUCCAGCUGAAGUUAAAUCUCCCGGUAAAUCAGGAGGUUCUCGAAGGCAUAGCAGUGACAUUGCUUCUGAGAAGGGUUCUUUGUCCCAAGCACAAUCAAGAGCGUCGUCACCUUCUAAACAUGUAUCAAGAUGUCAAAGCUUUGCUGAAAGGCCUCUGGCCCAACCACUACCACUUCCUGGUCUGCGUCCAGCAAAUGUAGGUAGGUCGGAUUCUGGAAUCAGUCCAUCAGCAAAGUCCAGAGUAGAGAAGGCAUCAAAGCCAUCCUUGUUUCUGCCUCUCCCCAAGCCUGCAUGCAUCAGGCACAAACUGGACCCUGCAGAUACAGAUGGAGAGCUUGUCUUUGCAUCUAUUUCAAGUGAGUGUUCUAUUGAGAGUGAUGAUCCUAUUGAUUCGCGUCAACGUAGUCCACUUGCAACUGAUUAUGAAACUGGGAGCAGAACUGCUGCUGGUAGUCCUUCCAGUUUGGUUGUUAAGGAUCAAUCUGCAGCUGGACAAAUUAACUCGAAAGAAAUGACAAGACCAAUUAGUCUUUCACCAAGUAGAAAUGUUUCCUCUGUAUCUCCUAAGAGAAGACCUUUGAGUAGUCAUGUAACCACUCUACAGGUGCCUCCUCCUGGAGCCUUUUGCAGUGCUCCUGAUAGUUCUAUGUCAAGUCCUUCUAGAAGUCCUAUGAGAGCUGCUCCAAGUGAGCAAGUUACUAGUUCUACUCUAUGGGCAGGAAGGGCUUAUCCAGAUCUUCCUUCACUUGGAUCUGGCCAUUGUUCAAGUCCAGGGUCUGGUCAGAAUUCUGGACAUAAUUCAAUGGGAGGAGAUAUGUCUGGACAACUGUUUUGGCAGCCUUGUAGAGGAAGUCCAGAGUACUCUCCUAUUCCUAGUCCUAGGAUGACAAGUCCGGGACCUAGCUCGAGAAUUCAUAGUGGCGCUGUCACACCAAUUCAUCCUAGGGCUGUAGGUGGUGCCUCUGAAUUGCAGACUAGUUGGCCUGACGAUGGAAGACUGCAAAGUCACCCUUUGCCUCUUCCUCCUUUGAUAAUUUCCAACUCUUCGCCCUUUUCACAUUCCAAUUCAGUUGCAACAUCUCCCUCGCUGCCUCGUAGUCCAGGUAGAGCCGAGAACCUUGCUAGCCCUGGCUCUCGUUGGAAAAAAGGAAAAUUGCUGGGAAGAGGCACAUUUGGACAUGUUUAUGUUGGUUUUAAUAGUGAUAGCGGUGAAAUGUGUGCAAUGAAGGAGGUUACAUUAUUUUCAGAUGAUGCAAAGUCAAAGGAAAGUGCAAAGCAGUUGGCACAAGAGAUUGCAUUGUUAAGCCGAUUAAGGCAUCCAAACAUUGUUCAGUACUACGGGACAGAAACGGUUGGCGAUAAACUGUAUAUCUACUUGGAAUAUGUAUCGGGUGGGUCCAUUUAUAAGCUUUUACAAGAAUAUGGUGCAUUUGGAGAAGCAGCGAUCCGUAGUUAUACUCAACAAAUCUUAUCAGGGCUUGCAUACUUACAUGCUAAAAACACAGUGCAUAGAGAUAUUAAAGGAGCAAAUAUUCUUGUUGAUCCAAAUGGGCGCAUAAAGCUAGCAGACUUUGGAAUGGCAAAACAUAUCACAGGGCAAUCAUGUCCAUUAUCAUUCAAGGGAAGUCCUUACUGGAUGGCCCCCGAGGUUAUCAAGAAUUCUAGUGGCUGCAACCUUGCUGUUGAUAUAUGGAGUCUUGGGUGCACCGUCUUAGAAAUGGCUACAUCAAAGCCUCCUUUUAGCCAGUAUGAAGGGGUUGCUGCUAUGUUUAAGAUUGGAAAUAGUAAAGAGCUCCCAGCUAUACCAGAACAGCUCUCAGAUGAAGCUAAAGAUUUUGUGAGGAAGUGCUUGCAGCGUGAGCCCCGUCAUCGUCCUACUGCUGCUCAGCUAUUGGAGCAUCCUUUUGUGAAAAGUGCUGCAACUCUGGAGAAGCCAAAUAUUUCUCCUGCACCUUUGGAUCCACCAUGUACAGGAGCAAAUGGCGUAAAAUCUCUGGGCAUUGGACAGGCAAGGAAUAUCCCUACAUCAGAAUCAGAAAGACUUGCAAUCCACUCAUCCAGAGUGUCAAAAUCUAAUUUUCACUGCAGUGACAUCCACUUUACAAGAAACAUAUCAUGCCCUGUCUCGCCAAUUGGUAGCCCUCUUUUACAUCCAAGGUCACCUCAACGCCUAAAUGAGAGGCUGUCUCCCUCACCCAUAUCAAGUCCAAUCACCAUGUCUGGCUCAUCAACACCACUCUCUGGAGGGACUGGUGCUAUUCCAUUUCAUCACCUUAAUCAGUCAGUUUACUUACAGGAGGCAGCACCACUUCCACAGAGUCCUUACAUGAAUGGCCCUUCUUACUGGGAUCCUGAUGUUUUACGAGGGCCACAAUCAGGAUCUCAUGCUUUCCGGGAAUUGGCAUCCUCUCAAAAUGAUGCUCUUGGAAAGCAGUUUGGGAGGACUACAGGAGGAGAGCUUUAUGAUGGGCAGUCAGUGCUGGCUAAUCGGGUGUCUCAGCAACUCUUAAGGGAUCAUGUGAAAUUGGUUCCUUCACUAGAUCUAAACCCUUGUCCUCCUUUGGAAGGUCGGACAGGUGAAGCAUGAUUUUUUCUUUGUCAGAUACAACAUUCAUGGCACACUUUCCAGUUUCUUUGUUUACUAUCAGUGUAUGUUGGUAACUUUGAAGGAAGCUGAUUUGCACAAUAAGGAUCCACCGGGGGGAAACUAGGAAAUAAACUAGCAACUUCUUGAGCAGAACUUAUCCAUUGUCGAGAUCAUUCAGCUGAUCUUAUUACCUCCGUCCGCCCUUGGGUCUAGUGUUACAAAGAUGAAGCUUACUUCCCAGUGAACUUUUGACCUUCAUUGUAGCAUCUGUGGACAUUGAAGCAGUUUGUAAAAUCUUGAGUGCCUAAGAUCAGAUUUGAUAACCGAAUCUGAGCCAUGAAAAUUUGCUCGUGGAGGCUAGCUGCAAGUGAUUCAAUGUAUAGCUGAUCCUUCAACAUGACAUUUGUGGUACCAAACUUGUAUAUUUAUGCUGUCCCAUAGAAGAGAGAACAAAAGAAGCAAGCGUGGAAAUUAAAUAGGAUUAGGGCCCUUUAUCUUCCUCCUCUUCCCCCUUUGGGAACAGGAUGUUAGGGUUUCUGUACAGUAAACAAUGAACUGAAAAUAUUGCUCUGAUUAAACAAAAUCAGAGAUGACAGCACAUUUCUUAUCAACAUUUUGACUUUA